AUGUGGUGGUCCCUUAAUCUUGGGUGGAAUCAACUGCGAUUAACGCCAAUCGAAGAUUCCGAGCCCCGGGGAACACACAAAAAUCACCGCGGUGACGAACCAAAAUCAGAACACCUUGCGCCACCGGAUAAGUAACACCGCGACUUUGAAGGUUCGAUUCCGUUCCUCCGUUUCGAGUUUUGUCCCACUUAAUGUGUUUGGCGAAAAAACUGGCGAAAAGUUUGGUGAGAUUUAGGAAAAAAGUGUCGGAAUGGCGUUGAACGAAAUCGCCGACGGAGUUCCGCAGUUUAGUCCUGGACACAUUUCGGUCCAGCGAUGGCUGGAACAAAUCGAGCAACACCGGACUAUUCACAACUGGGACAGUGCCCAAGUGCUUCAAUAUGCCGUGAAUCGACUGGGAGAUGUUGCCAGACUAUGGUACGAGUCAUACGAAGAAACCGUUAAAGAUCGUGAUUGGGACACGUUCCGACUUGACAUCGCUGAAGCCUUCACAGUUCGGAUGGACACUUUGGACCUGCAUGCCGCACUCGUGAACCGGACCAAGCGUCCAGAAGAGAGCUACGACAGCUUCGUCGAAGACAUGGUUGAACUGUCCAAGCUGGGAAGCUUAUCCGAAGAAACAGUCGUUCGUUACAUCGUCGCAGGUUUAACGGAUCCUCAUGAUAUCGAAAUCGUAACGGCGGUAGAUCCACAAACCGUUACACAUCUGCUGGCCACGCUGCGGACCUUCGACCAAACUCCUGAUGACAGUGAUCUGUUGUCCCAAGUGGUGGUCGUUCCGAUGGUCGCGCCCAUGCAAAAGUGGAGCAAGUGUUUUGGGGAAUGUGAGCCCACAAGUGACCCCGGCGCUAUUCCGCACGAGAAAUGGUGGGUCACAACGCUGCAGAUUUCGAUUCCGUUCUUCAUCGCGGGCAUUGGGACGAUCGCCGCCGGCAUUAUCCUGGGUCGAGUGGAGCAAUGGAAAGUGUUCGAACACGUGACCGAGCUGUUCAUACUGGUUCCGGCGCUGCUCGGACUCAAGGGAAAUCUGGACAUGUGUUUGGCGUCCCGGCUGUCCACGCAGGCCAAUUUGGGCAACAUGGUCGGCGUUGGUGAGAUUACGCACAUGGUUCUGGGGAACAUCGCGCUGGUGCAGGUGCAGGCCACGGUUGCGGCCUUUCUGGUGUCGCUGUUUGCCAUCGGCGUCGGAGCGGCCAUCAACGGGCUCUUCCUGAUUGAUCACGCGUUGCUGCUAACGGCAUCCGCCAUGUUUACCGCCAAUUUGUCCUGUUUUGUUUUGGAUUUUGUGAUAGUCGCUGUGAUUCUGUUAUCCAACAGGUUGAAGCUGAAUCCGGACAAUCUGGCCACUCCAAUGGCGGCAUCGAUCGGAGACAUGGUUGCCAUCAGUUUACUUUCCUUCAUUGCGUCAACCCUGUUCAAGCAUCUUUACACUCAUCUCUGGGUCACGUACAUCAUAAUCGGUUGCUUCGUGCUUCUGUUGCCAUUUUGGAUUUUCAUUGUCCUUAAGAAUCGGUACACUCGACCCGUACUGAAGUCCGGCUGGAUUCCCGUCCUUUCGGCACUCUUCAUCAGCAGUCUGGGCGGUCUGGUACUGAACGCGGCAGUUGGGAUGUUCAGCGGGUUCGUCGUGUUCCAGCCGAUCAUCAACGGAAUCGGCGGCAAUCUCGUGUCGGUACAAGCGAGCAAACUCUCCACCAUGCUGCAUCAGAGCACGACCUUCGGAACGGUUCCCUCCUUCACCAAGAUCUUCGAGAAGCCCUGGAAGGCGCUGUUCAAGGGAGCUCCCUCGGCCAAGACGUCCCGCAUCCUGAUUCUGAUGUCCAUUCCCGGCCAGGUACUGUUCAUCUUCCUGGCAGAUCUCAUCCACAUGUCAGAGUCGACGAUCGGAGCUCCGUUUGUGUUCAGCUAUCUGCUCGCGAGUUUGAUUCAGGUAAUGCUACUGCUGUACAUUGCUCACGUGAUCAUCCACGCCAUGUGGAAGUGGAAGAUUGAUCCGGACAGUGCGGCCAUUCCGUACUUGACGGCGCUUGGGGAUCUGUUUGGGACCAGCUUACUUCUGGUGGCGUUUAUAUUCAUCGAAGCCGUUGGACAUCCGUACGACUAUCCGAUCGCGAAUUAUGUUCAUAAUUUUUUCUAAACAAAUUUAAAUUUAAGUUGUAGAGCAUUUUACCUUAAGCUUUUCCAAAUGUUUUUAAAGGUAGACAAAUUAUGUGAAUACUCGUAAAUUUAGGCUCUCUCUACUGUAAGUAUCAACGAAAGAAUAUU